AUGUCUCACAAAUCAAGCCAUCUCCGAUUGCAAAAGCGAAAUCUGAAAACACUGCCGGAAGUGCCGAGGGGAAGGAGGAUUCGCGUUGCGUAUCUCCACGAGAACGCUCUCUCCGGGGUGGACAGCCUCGGUGCGCAUGCUGAUACCCUCACUCUCCUCUACCUGGAUUUCAACUGUGUCGAGGAUCUCACGCUCAUUGGGAGGUUCGUCAAGUUGGAAAAAUUGUACUUGAACUGCAAUCGAAUCCGGAUCGUGGAGGGAUUGGAAUGUUUGAAGAGUCUCAGGGAACUGCACUUACGAAGUCAAGCCUUGCAGGAAGGGGAGCAGCUCGUGUUUGAUCCCCGCACUGUCAGGGGGCUUCAGGGUACCCUGGAAAUUUUAGAUAUCUCCAAGAACCGAAUAACUUCUCUGGCAGGGGUUAAAGGAUUUCAGAAUCUUACAUUCUUGGAUGCCAGCCACAAUGAACUGGAAGAUUUCGAGGAAACCCUCAAGCAUUUGAUAUCUUUUCCAUCGUUGCAAAACCUUUCGUUGAAUGGGAACCCGCUGGAAAGAUCGGUUGGAAGGCACUAUACAACGGGGAUUCUCGCAUCCCUGCACCAUCUCGCGGAAUUGGGAACAGCACCCUUCCCCGCGGAUCCAGGGAAAGUGUUGGGGACUUCCAGGUCAGGCGUGUGGAGAAGACCUCAGCCCCAUCUACCUUGGACGCUGCAGAUGAAGCACGCCUUGGAAGAGCUCGGGUCUGACUGAGUUCAAUGCUGCCACGAC